CAGUUGGACUGGGACGAAAUUUGUGUUGUGAAUGAUCUGAUCCUGUGCUUCUCACGUGGUUUAGGGCUGCAGCCACGUAAUGGGCUUAGCCGUAUCAGGUGAGAGAGCGUUGUGUUUAAACCUGUCAGGGCUGGGCGACACUCAGAAAGCAGAGGUGAUAGAUGCCCCUUACGACCCGACUAAGAGUUUAUUCGGGCCUGCUCUCGAGAAAAGAGAAACCAGCACCCUCAGGCAACAGGAAGAUGAAGCUUUUUAUCUCUGCUUGCCACGCAAACAAGUGAUAUGACCACCCUCUCAGCUGUUGUGGCAGGGCUUUGCAGCAGCCGCAGCAUUGAGAGGGAGGCCGAUGAGCACGAGAGCUGUAAGACCUACUCACAAUGGACAAGAGGCCGGUCAGCGACCACGACCGGAUGGCUCCGGACCUUGGGGAAAAGAUUUAUUUGCAGCCGCGGUGGCUAGGAACCGUCCGCCCCACACUGAGGAAUGGAAGAAGAAGCGUGCGACCUGACACACAGGUAUUCCCCGGUCCUUCUCUCUCCGCCUGCAAAGAGAAGAAGGUGGGAAUACAGCCCUUCUGUUCAAAGUUUGUAAACUCCAGAGUAAGAGAAAGAGAUCAGAAUCACCAACACAGAGCUGUAUCUCCAUGAUGAGUGAUCAGUCCAUGGAUCCUCCUCUGGGGUUUAAAGAUGGAGACUCAUCCCUUCUACACAGUAAACUCCAGAGAAAGAGAUCAGAAUCACCAACACACAGCUGUAUCUCCAUGAAGAGUGAUCAGUCUAUGGAGGUUCCUCUGAAGUUUAAAGAUGGAGACUCAUCACUUCUACACAGUAAACUCCAGGGAAAGAGAUCAGAAUCACCAACACACAGUUGUAGCUCCAUGAAGAGUCAUGAGUCUAUGGAUCAUCAUCUGGAGGUUAAAGCUGUAGACUCCUCACUUCUACACAGGUACGACCCAGAAUCUGCUGGUGGAAAUGAAUUCCAGAAAAAGUUCAAAUUAAAUCUGAUGAAGAAGUUUCAGUGUUUGAAUGGAGUGAUGAUAAACCUGGGAACCCAAACACUCCUGAAUGAGAUCUACACAGAGCUCUACAUCACAGAGGGAGACAGUGGAGAAGUCAAUAAUGAACAUGAGGUGAGACAGAUCGAGGCAGCAUCCAGGAGAAGAACAACAGAGGAAACACCAAUCAAAUGCAAUGACAUCUUUAAGCCUUUAUCUGAACAAGACAAACCCAUCAGAACUGUGCUGACAAAUACAUCAUCUAAACAAGACAAACCCAUCAGAACUGUGCUGACAAAUACAUCAUCUGAACAAGACAAACCCAUCAGAACUGUGCUGACAAAGGGAGUCGCUGGCAUCGGUAAAACAGUCUCUGUGCAGAAGUUCAUUCUGGACUGGGCUGAAGGGAAAGCAAAUCAGGACGUCCACCUCAUAUUUCCACUUCCUUUCAGAGAGCUGAAUUUGAUGAAGGACCAGAAACUGAGUCUGAUGGAGCUCCUUCAUGUGUUUUUUAUGGAAACAAAAGAAACAGAAAUGUCCAGUUUGGAAAAGGUUCUGUUCAUUUUUGAUGGUUUGGACGAGUGUCGUUUUCCCCUAGAUUUCCAGAACACAGUGAGAGUGUGUGAUGUAACUGAAUCGGCAUCAGUGCCUGUACUGCUGAUAAACCUGAUCAAAGGGAAUCUGAUUCCCUCUGCUCUCAUCUGGAUCACCUCCAGACCUGCAGCAGCUGAUCAAAUCCUCUCUGAGUGUGUGGAUCGAGUCACAGAGAUACGAGGGUUCAAUGACCCACAGAAGGAGGAGUACUUCAGGAAGAGGAUCAGUGAUCAGAGCCUGGCCAAUCACAUCAUCACACACCUGAAGUCAUUAAGAAGCCUCUACAUCAUGUGUCACAUCCCAGUCUUCUGCUGGAUUUCAGCCACUGUUCUAGAGAGAAUGUUGGGUGAAGCAGAGAGUGCAGAGAUCCCCAAGACUCUGACUCAAAUGUACACACACUUCCUCAUCAAUCAGACAAAUGCCAUAAGAGAAGAAUACUCAAAGAAGCAGGAGAGUGGUGAAGAAAUGCUUCUUAAACUGGGACAACUGGCUUUUCAGCAGCUGAUGAAAGGGAACCUGAUCUUCUAUGAUGAAGACCUGAGAGAGUGUGGUAUUGAUGUGAGAGAAGCAGCAGUGUACUCAGGUGUGUGUACUCAGAUCUUCAGAGAGGAGUUUGGGCUUCACCACAGUAAAGUGUACUGCUUUGUUCAUCUGAGCAUUCAGGAGCAUCUCGCAGCUCUGUAUGUGCACCUGACCUUCAUGAAGGAGAAGAGAAAUGUUCUUAUACAGAAUCAGGUUUCUAACAGGAGGAUGAGAGAAAAUACUAUCAAAGAUGUACAUAACAGUGCUGUAGAUUUGACUUUAGAAAGUCAGACUGGACAUCUGGAUCUUUUCCUUCGCUUUCUUCUGGGUCUCUCACUGGAGUCCAAUCAUAAACUCUUACAUGUUUUAGUAACACAGACAGGAAGUAACCCUCAGAGCACACAGGAAACAGUUCAGUACAUUAAGCAGAUCUUCUAUGAAGAUCUUCCUACAGAGAAAUCCAUCAAUCUGUUCCACUGUCUGAAUGAACUGGGUGAUGAUUCUCUAGUGGAGGAAAUCCAACUCUACCUGAAAUCUGGAAAACAAAGUAAACUAACUUUCUCACAGCUUUCUGCUCUGGUGUUUGUGUUACUGACAUCAUCAGAGGAGCUGGAUGAGUUUGACCUGAGUAAAUAUUUCAGUACAGAUAAGAUAACAGAAGAUGUUGUUCUGAAGAUGAUGCCUGUGAUUACAACAUCCAGUAAAGCAAUUAUCAGCUGUGAUUCACUUCGAGUAAAAAGUUGGUCACCUCUGGUCUCAGCGCUCAGAUCAGAAACUUCCAAACUGAGAGAACUUCAUCUGACUGUGGAAACACUCAAUCUGUCUGGGAAUAAUCGAGGAGACUCAGGAGUGAAGAUUCUCUGUGCUGGACUGGAGAAUCCUCACUGUAAAGUGGAGACACUGAAGUUGUGUGGUUGUGGUGUCUCAGAUGAAGACUGUGCUGCUCUGGCUUCAGCUCUGAGAUCAAACCCCUCACACCUGAGAGAACUGGAUCUGUCCUAUAAUAAUCUAGGGGACUCAGGAGUGAAGAUUUUCUCUGCUGUACUGGAGAAUCCUCACUGUAAACUGGAGACACUGUGGCUGCGUGAGUGUGAUGUCUCAGAUGAAGGCUGUGCUGCUCUGACUUCAGCUCUGAGAUCAAACCCCUCACACCUGAGAGAACUGGAUCUGUCUGAUAAUAAUCUAGGAGACUCAGGAGUGAAGAUUCUCUCUGCUGUACUGGAGAAUCCUCACUGUAAACUGGAGACACUGGGGUUGGAUGGUUGUGAUGUCUCAGAUGAAGGCUGUGCUGCUCUGACUUCAGCUCUGAGAUCAAACCCCUCACACCUGAGAGAACUGAAUCUGUCCUUAAAUAAACUAGGAGACUCAGGAGUGAAGAGUCUCUCUGCUGUACUGGAGAAUCCUCACUGUAAACUGGAGACACUGGGGUUGCGUGAGUGUGAUGUCUCAGAUGAAGGCUGUGCUGCUCUGACUUCAGCUCUGAGAUCAAACCCCUCACACCUGAGAAAACUGAAUCUGUCCUUAAAUAAACUAGGAGACUCAGGAGUGAAGAUUCUCUCUGCUGUACUGGAGAAUCCUCACUGUAAACUGGAGACACUGAAGUUGUAUAAUUGUGGUGUCUCAGAUGAAGGCUGUGCUGCUCUGACUUCAGCUCUGAGAUCAAACCCCUCACACCUGAGAGAACUGGAUCUGUCUGAUAAUAAACUAGGAGACUCAGGAGUGAAGAGUCUCUCUGCUGUACUGGAGAAUCCUCACUGUAAACUGGAGACACUGAAGUUGUAUAAUUGUGAUGUCUCAGAUGAAGACUGUGCUGCUCUGACUUCAGCUCUGAGAUCAAACCCCUCACACCUGAGAGAACUGAAUCUGUCCUGUAAUAAUCUAGGAGACUCAGGAGUGAAGAGUCUCUCUGCUGUACUGGAGAAUCCUCACUGUAAACUGGAGACACUGAAGUUGCGUGGUUGUGGUGUCUCAGAUGAAGGCUGUGCUGAUCUGACUUCAGCUCUGAGAUCAAACCCCUCACACCUGAGAGAACUGGAUCUGUCUGAUAAUAAACUAGGAGACUCAGGAGUGAAGAGUCUCUCUGCUGUACUGGAGAAUCCUCACUGUAAACUGGAGACACUGAAGUUGGAUGGUUGUGGUGUCUCAGAUGAAGGCUGUGCUGCUCUGACUUCAGCUCUGAGAUCAAACCCCUCACACCUGAGAGAACUGGAUCUGUCUGAUAAUAAACUAGGAGACUCAGGAGUGAAGAUUCUCUCUGCUGUACUGGAGAAUCCUCACUGUAAACUGGAGACACUGGGGUUGUGUGGUUGUGGUGUCUCAGAUGAAGACUGUUCUGCUCUGACUUCAGCUCUGAGAUCAAACCCCUCACACCUGAGAGAACUGAAUCUGUCCUUUAAUAAUCUAGGAGACUCAGGAGUGAAGAUUCUCUCUGCUGUACUGGAGAAUCCUCACUGUAAACUGGAGACACUGGAGUUGUGGAAUUGUGAUGUCUCAGAUGAAGGCUGUGCUGCUCUGACUUCAGCUCUGAGAUCAAACCCCUCACACCUGAGAGAACUGAAUCUGUCCUAUAAUAAUCUAGGAGACUCAGGAGUGAAGAGUCUCUCUGCUGUACUGGAGAAUCCUCACUGUAAACUGGAGACACUGAGGUUGUAUAAUUGUGGUGUCUCAGAUGAAGGCUGUGCUGCUCUGACUUCAGCUCUGAGAUCAAACCCCUCACACCUGAGAGAACUGAAUCUGAAUGGGAAUAAUCUAGGAGACUCAGGAGUGAAGAGUCUCUCUGCUGUACUGGAGAAUCCUCACUGUAAACUGGAGACACUGAAGUUGUGGUAUUGUGAUGUCUCAGAUGAAGGCUGUGCUGCUCUGACUUCAGCUCUGAGAUCAAACCCCUCACACCUGAGAGAACUGGAUCUGUCUAAUAAUAAACUAGGAGACUCAGGAGUGAAGAGUCUCUCUGCUGUACUGGAGAAUCCUCACUGUAAACUGGAGACACUGGAGUUGUUUAAUUGUGGUGUCUCAGAUGAAGGCUGUGCUGCUCUGACUUCAGCUCUGAGAUCAAACCCCUCACACCUGAGAGAACUGAAUCUGUACUAUAAUAAUCUAGGAGACUCAGUAAAGAAGCUGCUGUCUGAUCUUAAGGAUGAUGAACAUUACAAACUACAGACACUGAGGGUCUAAUGAAUAUCUGUGUGUGAUGAAGACUCCAGUGUUCCUGCAUUACCAUGAUGGAGAAUAGAGAACAUGUUUAUUAACACAUCACUCAUUUAGUUCUAACACAUUAAACAGACUCAGAGACGUGAGAAGUGUGUGUUCAUCGUGUACAGUGAAUCAGACUAAACACAAUUCUACACUGAGUUUAUAAUGACCUCUGAUCCCUGGAUAAAAUUCCCUGGACCUCAAUCCCAUAAAAACCUGAGGGAUUAUUUGGAACAGCAGGUGAAAAUCCACAUGAACUCGAGCUGAACCCUGUUCAUUUUACUGUUUGUGUGAUUUAUUAUUUGUUUAUUAUUGUGAUAUAAUUUACACUAUUUACACAUGUAUACUUAUAGCUAUAUUACUGGGUACAUAACUAAAAUUAUAUUGUAUAAAGGCACUUAAAAUGUCUUGUAGAAAUACAUCAUACAUUUAGAAGGAAUAAAAUACAUCAUAUUAUAAAGGAUGAAUUUAAAUCAUAAAAUAAUAAAACUUCAUUUCUUUCCCUCA